AUGUCCGGGAUCGCGAGCGCGACCGGCCUCCUGUCCGCGCGGGUUCGGCCGAUUCGCAGAUCGAAGCCCGAGGUGAGGACGGACGAAAAGACUAAUAUUAGCGAAACCGGGGGUGGCCGCGCCAUCGCACGUGUGCGCCCCGCUUCCUUUACGUCAGCCCUUCUCUUUAUUUAUUCAAAGAUCACGUGUAUAUAUACGCAGAGCGUGCAACUAUCGGGCAGCACCCGAGCUGCGCCGUUCGCCCUUCGACCGUUCGCCGGCCUCUUCAAUCCUUAUCCGUACGGCUGCUCGGUGCUGUGCAACCAUCCGGCGGAUUGCGAGGCGAAGGAGGUGGUUCGACGCGCUAAGGACACAUGGGCGACCGAGGGAAAAGCUCUUUUGCUGCCGGAGGAGAUGGAGAUGAUACGGACGAGCCUGUUAGCGGUGGGCGCAGGCGGAGGCGGAGGCGAGGCCGCGGCUGGAAAUGUCGGAGGUGGCGGCGGCGGUGGCGAUGGCUACAAUACCGAGGUGACCGCCUCGGCGGUGCCCGAGGAGCUCUUCCGGAAAUACACGGAAACCGAUUCGCGACCUUUGACCCCGGCGCCCACGCUCGCCAGCGGACCAACGGCGUUAACUGGCCGCGCGGCCCAGGAGGAUCCGCCGGCGACCUGCAAUCCGCGCGAGCGCACCACCCUGGUCCUGGAUCUCCGUGCGAGCUCGCGGAAUCAGCAGGAAAGCGAGACUUUCAGCUGGCACGCUCUUACUCUCGAGCUGCCGCCCACGCCGCGGAAAAGCGAGAUAUUCGUCUGCAAGCCGAUCCCGCGAGCGCAGCACUCGUCAGCGGCGCCCGUGCCGCCUCCUCCGUCGCCACCCUCGCCCGUCGCUGAAAAAUGCGAGACGAGCUCGUCUCGGCACGCGGAGGAAGAGGCCGACAGCGGCAGCGAGCGGCAACCGGCAAUUACACGAAGACGGGGAAAGCGGUUGCAUAAAAGAAAGUGUAGGAGGGGCUCCUCGACUUACGGCCAGCAAACGGAAGUUCGCGAUCCGCUCGAGCCCACGGUGACGCAGGUCUCGCAGAUCGAGAACGGAUCGCGGCGAUCGUCGCUCCGCGUAAACACAGCCGGGGAGGUCGACGGCUCGACGUCCCCCAAGAGAACGUCCGCGCAGACGGCGGGUCACACGAUGCCGCCGAGCUUCCUCGCGCCGGACGUCCUGAAGCACCUGUGCAGAGAGCUGGAUCGCGACAAGGUGGAGGCGGAAUUCUCGACCAAGAGACGGAUCGCCUUAGAGGAAGCGCUACGGGUGAAAGGCGACACGUACUCGGCUCUGCGCGGAUCUCGUCAAACCAGUGCCGGCCCGUCGGCGGAAAACGCGCCCCGGAUAUUCUCCCGUCAAGCGGCGCGCUUUGAGCUGCUCGACAGUCAGAGCCUUCGCGGACUAACGGCGCUCCAGUACCUCAGCAAGCACGUGUACGUCACGUCGGGAAGAAAACUGAUAUUCGGUCGAAUAUUUAAUAGAUUCAACGAGGAGGCGUUGCACAGCGCGCGACGCAUUUCACCGAGCGACGUCGAAGAGGCUCUUCGGGAAGUGGUCGGGAAGGCAUUGACGGACCAACAGCGAUCUUAUAUGAAGUCUGUGAUAGGAGACGUGACGCAACCACUGGGAUUCAGGGAGUGGUGCGGAUUGUGCGCCGCCGUCGAGAGGCUGCUGUGUCCUCUGCCGUCGAGGGAGAGCGAUCCGCCGACGUGGCUCGAGAGAACGGACUUCGAAGCUCUGGAACGGAGACUCAAGUCAAGCGGGUCGGUGGAUUCCACGCUGGCGUUAUUGUUGAAGGAGAUUCGUGACAGAUAAAAUAUAACGUUUCUUAUUAUACAUACUCUCUUUUAUCACAGUGAUCGCUAAUUAUAAUGUUCGUAUCGUGUAAAUCUUACGAUGAAUUUAAUACGUUAUAAUUGUAUGAUGUAAGCCUAGAAAAUAAAACUUUUUCACGGUUCUACAAACGAUCCCUAUAUAUAUAUGUAUAUAUAUGUAUAUCUCGACGAAAAGUGCGCAGCAGAUAGUAAAUAGUUUGGUACUUGAAGCAAACACGCGUACAUAAAUUAUGAGUAUUGGAUUCAUUUAUAAAUCACGAAUGAAAACUAUUACAGGAUACUUGCUAUUGUUAUUUGACCAACAAACGUGAUUAUCGAAAUAAACUCUACCUUUCAUAAAUGUACCAAAUUCCAAUUGUUACGGUAUAAAAAAUGGACCAAUUCAUUCGUGACAUUGAUAUGUAAUUCUUUUCUCGUACAACUGUUUAAAUCGAACAUUUGUUAAUUUCGCACAUCAAUCACGAUUACGUAAAGAUUACCGACUGUUUCGAACAUAAUGUAAUGGAGAUCACAAAUACUUACUGGACUUUAGCUGUUGCUCUACUGAUACAUGAUGCAGGACGAAAGAAAGCUCUUCUCAUCUACGUUCAUCGCAUAUUUUAUUGCCGGAGCGGACUUUGCGUAUAUCCACUCGAGCGUACAUAUGUUGCAUGCAUUCGGUAUUCGAUUCACUUUUGGUUAAUAUACAAACGAUUUUUCUUUUUUUUUCUUCUCAUUCUCUCGCACUUAAUAACACAAUAAAUAAUGAGUCACUUUUGUUUCAUCAUAAGGAUAAUAUAAAACUGGUCUCGCUCUUUUUCUCUCUCUCUUUCUGCAGUAGUAAAUAAAUUAAGUAAACGAGCGGUACGACGAACGCGUAAAAAGUAAUAAGAGUACGGGAUCGCGUAGAGAGUACUAGGUCAUAAUAAUACACUACCGGAUGUGUUUUGUGGUUCCCGUGUGUUAUCUGUUCAACUUUUGUUCGUCGCUCGGUCGGUCGCUAGUCGCUACGUCACAUGUUGCACAUACAACUAAUGUACAAAUAUAACGAGAUGCCUACGCGCCCGCGCCAGUGACCAGAAGGAGCCGCGAUUACUUUACGUGUACGUAUGUUUCCUUUUGCGCGUAUACGUGUAUGUAAACGUGUGUACGUGUGUGUAUGGGCGCGCGUGCAUCAUCCUCGUGGCCCUGGGAGAACGUACGCACGAUACGACACUACUUGGCUAGAGUCUCUAUAAUACACAGCGCAGCGCUAUCCGCCGUAUAACGAAAUUUUCUUUAGGACGUUCCGUUUGAUCGAGGUGUGCCAAAACAGGGAUUUAUCCGCUUUUUUUUAACGCCGCGGCGUUAAA